AUGUUGCACUGUUUGAAUGCUUCUGGGAAUUUACCUACUGAGAGUUGUUCAUCUGACAUAACAGUGCAGGAAAGACAAAGCGAAACGAUCAAGUGGCAACAAUAUCAACAACAACAGCAAGGUCAAGGUUACUUCAACAGUGCUGUGUUUUGUUCUUCUGUUCAACAAGUUCAGAAUUCUCAAGAUUUAGUGCCUCUUCAAAUUCCAUCUGCAAUUUCAAGAACCUUCAGCUCUCCACCUGUUCUCAUUGAUGCUACAAUCGAGAAAGAGAAUUGUUCUAAGAAGAGGAAAUCUGAAAAGGCACAUCAUAAUCAUAAGCUCAAGGUUGUUGAUGAAAUUGAGAACAAAGAAAAGAGGAUUAAGCUAGGUGCUGAAGAUGGUGAAUCGAAAAUCACAGGGUACCCUAGCACCAAAAAGAAUAUAAAUAGCAACAAGAAUAACAAAGAAAACUAUGCAGGAGAAGGUAGUUCAAACUCAAAGGGAAAUUCAAAAGCUUCCGAGCCUCAAAAACUUGACUACAUUCAUGUUCGAGCGCGUCGCGGCCAAGCCACCGAUAGCCAUAGCUUAGCCGAAAGAGUUAGAAGGGAAAAGAUCAGUGAAAGAAUGAAGUAUUUGCAAGAUUUAGUACCAGGAUGCAACAAAAUUACAGGAAAAGCUGGAAUGCUGGAUGAAAUUAUCAAUUAUGUUCAAUCUCUUCAAAGAGAAGUUGAGUUUUUGUCAAUGAAAUUAGCUACUGUUAAUCCAAGGCUUGAUUUCAAUAUUGAUGAUUUGUUUGAAAAAGAGAUGUUUCCAACUUGUGAUGUAAAUGCAACUUUUCAAGCCAUAGGAAUUUCAUCCGAAUUGAAUAAUAACAAUCCUUAUCUUCAGUUCAAUUCACCACAUCAAUUUGUUUCUUAUGGUGGAUUAGAUAUUGGAAUGAACCCUAUAGAUAUGGGGCUAAAAAGAAGCAUAAGUGCCCCUGUAUCCAUUCCUGAGACUUUUAUUGAUUCUUCUUCUUUCCCUCAAAUUCUACCAUCUACAACAUGGGAAGGUGAUUUCCAAAACCUUUACAACAUGAAUUUUGAUCAAGCAAGAGCAACCUCUUUUCCUUCCCAACCUCAGUUUUACACAGGUCUAGUUGAAGCUAGCAAUCUAAAGAUCGAGAUGCAGUAG